AUGGCGUCGGAGGGGUUGCGGGGCAAUCCCAGGCGAGUGCUAGUCGGCGGGCGCCCAUACGAGGUCGUGGUGACAAACAAAUAUAGGGAAGCGGAAGAAUGGGCCCGAGAGAUCCUCCGACUUCCGCGGGAGGGAAGCAGGAUCGUAGGCUUCUCUUUCUUCGGGAGGAUUGUACUCUCACCCGAGGGGUCUUUCACCCCCCAGGCGGAGUGCAUCCACUUCGCAUGCUUCUCGCGGGCCUUGGUCUACCACCUGGUCUCCUCCGAGGAAAGCACCAUCUCACCGGGCAUGCUCUUUUCUAUCCUUCAUGAUGGUAGCUCCCUUUUCAUCGGCGAGGACAUCAUCUUCGGCAUGGAACUCCUCGGGGUGGAAACCAAGCCCCCGCUCGUACCAACGUUAGACGUGCGCGACGUCCCUGGCAUCUUCAGCCUCCCACGAUGGUCCCUCACCACCGUACGGCGUCCGCUGCACGUAGCCCUCGCCGAAGCGCUUCUUGACGACGUGGAGGUGAGUCUUCUUAGGACGGAGGGUCUACCUGUCCGUUGGGCCUGGCCGCUUGGAGACAGUCAGGUCCAGGCAGCUGCAGAGAAAGUCAUCGUCGCCGAGAAGAUCGGCAAACACGUCGUCGCGAGGACUCGGUCGUCGUAA